UUGUAGUUAAGUGUGUCCAAAGACACAUACACCCACAAUGGUGGCAUUAGGCUUGAAUCGUUCCAAUCUUCACUUACUACAACCACCCACCCCCCAGGACUUGGCAUCGUGUUGUAAGAGCGAGAUAAGCGAGAUCAACGAUGGUUUGGAGGUCAUGUUGUCCGUGCCACGUCGUGCCAAUGAUGCCCUUCACUUGAGUAUGAUGACCGGGUUCGCCGGCGACGUUGCGCAACUUGGCGAGAUCGUCAUGCAAGAAACAUUUCAGGUGGUUGACACAAAGCAAUUAAUCAGGAAAGGUCGAGAACGACAUCUGUUUUUGUUCGAACUUAAUCUAAUUGUUUGUAAAGAAUCGAAAGAUAAUUCGGGAAAAACUAAAUAUAUUUUCAAAUCAAAACAUUCGCUGUGCGAUUUGAAUAUUACAAACAAUGAGAUGCUGGAUGAGAAGUUCGCCAUCCUGUGGGGGGGAAGGUCUGACAACAAACUAACAUUGAAAUCUUCAACAACAGAAGUUAAACAGGAAUGGGUUCGUAAACUAUCGGAACUAAUCCAAGAUUCAAGUUCGAUGAAAGAAAUUCUUCGACCCAAGAUUUAUUCGAGCGGGAAACGUCCGGCAACACUGCUGGAUGAUGAUCGAUGGAGUGUGACCAGUGUUGCCGACAAUAUUUCCCUUAAUUCAAGAUCUUCGGGCAACGAUAUGACACCAGGGGAGCAUGUUAAGGUCGUCGAGGACUACGGAGGUCAUGUGACCGCAAAUCACUUAAGUGUUACCAAACGACAAGUCCUACUAGUGGUGAGUCUGCGUGAUGAAUUCGUGCUUGUACAAACACAAGAUGGCAGCAAAGAGGGUCUCGUUCCAAUCAGCUGUAUAGCGCCACUCGGUGCUACGAGCGCCGACGGCGAACCCGGAAGUGAGGUCACGAGGUCGAAAGGUUACGUGGGGUCAACCGCGACGUUGCCCAACGAGAAACGAUCGGGGUUCCGUAAAUGGUUAACGUCAGCUUCGAGGAAAAAGAUAACGAGCGGAAGUGCGACUGUUUACAAGAUCCCACACCAACAAGUUGAUGAUUCCAAUGAAACGAACACAAGUAGCAUGAAAAAGACGAAAUCCCUUGAGACGCCAAUAAAACCGUCGUCGGUGAAACACCUUGUAUCCGACGGCAACGACGAGGAAGAAGUCUCUCUACCGCCACCUAUGCAGAUCGUCGGAAAUAAACUUGUCGGAAGUCAGCUAUCGUCAGCUUGUUCCCUCGAACCCGAACUUGACUUCAAUCAUUCAAACGACCUCAGACAAGAAAUGGAAAUUAUUUUAAGCGAAAAGUUUUCGAAGUCUCAGCCAAUCAAAACCAUCGACGACGAUGACGAUCGUUUAGCCGAAGACAUUUGGAUGAAAAUGCCGCCUUCAACGAGUGCCACAACAGCCCAACCACACGAUGGCAGCGUCAACAAUGGAUCGGAGCUUCGUGAAACUUCAAUCAUAGGUGACCAACCCCCCCUAGUGGCAGAGAAACCAGCAUUGAAUGAAGUUGAUUUAUCGUUGCAGCGACGCAGAUACGUGUUGAUGGAACUCGUGGAAACGGAGCGCGAAUAUGUGGCGGAUCUUAACACGGUGGCGAACAUGUACAUGACGAAGGUGUUGGAGCGGGGAUUACCCUCACCUGAUAAUGGGAAGGAACGCAUCGUGUUUGGAAAUAUUGUUCGAAUAUUUGAAUGGCACCGAGACACUUUCCUUAAAGAGGUUGAGGCAUGUUUGGACGACCCGGGGAAUAUGGGACGCAUGUUUUGUAAAUACGAGAGGAGAUUGAACAUGUACGUGGUAUAUUGCCAGAACAAACCGUUAUCAGAAUAUCUCGUCCAUAAACACAAAGUACCUUACUUUAGCGAGAUACAAGAUGAACUUGGGACAAAACUGGACAUUACUGAUUAUCUCAUUAAACCUGUGCAAAGGAUCAUGAAAUAUCAACUUUUAUUGAAGGAUUUCCUUAAAUUCACGGAACGAGCGAACGAGGAUUGCACAGAGUUGCGCGCAGCAGUGCACGUGAUGCACGUCGUGCCCAAACUUGCCAACGAUAUGAUGAUGGUAGCAAGGAUGAAGGAUUAUACCCAGGGCAGGAUAGCCGCGCAAGGGAAACUUCUCCUCCACGAAACCUUCAUCGUUAAUUCCGGUUCCAACGAAAAAGAACGAAAAGUUUUUUUCUUCGAACAAUCGGUGAUUUUCAGUGAAUUGAUCGACAAGAAGGUUGAGGAGCGAGGGUUCGUGUACAAAGACAGUAUAAAGAACACAGAUCUUGAGUUGAUUGACAUACCGACGUCAGACGUGAGAUUUAAGUUGCGGAAGCGGGGAUUUCCCGACUCGAUAGAACUCACCGCACCGUCUUGCUCCAUUAAGUCUACAUGGAUGGAUAUUGUGACGCAACAAUUAGACAAUCAACAAAACUUUAUGAAUGCUUUAGCCGAUCCAAUCACGUCACAAAAACAACAACAAAGUAUUUGCAACAGCAACAACAACAACAACAACAACAACAACAACAAUACUUUGCCAUUUCUUUCAACAUUUCGGUCGCAUUUAAACUGUGAGACGGGUGGUGUAGGCACGACAUCAACGAUGUCGUUUCAGUCGCUAGAAGGAGCUAGCGAGCUGACUGCACCACCGGGGUCAAAACAACAAGAUUCGAUUUCGAGCGAAAAAAUAACCGAGGGUUGUUUAUUGAACCGGAACAAUCCCAUUGAACCGCGACCAGCGAGCACUUACCACAUGUUGGCAACAAAGAGCAACAACAAUAGAGGUCCCCACCAAUCAGCGCCAGAUUUAUCGACUAAAACCUCAUUCUGGUCGUCCCCGUUAUCUCCGGCCAAUAUUCGUUCGUCAACCUGCAAGUUCAUCUAUCCUGGUGAUGUCACAAGUUUCGACCAAACAUCCGUAUCGAGCGUUUCAACUUACGGGACGUUACGUUCGUCACACGAGGUGCUAGAGAAGUCGAUGGUCGUUGCAACAAGCGAAUAUAGAGCUGUUCGUGAAAAUGAGAUUUCUGUGAAUAAGGGAGAUCCCCUCGAGAUUAUCGCAACCAAUGCACAAGGUUUAUGUUUGGUACAUAAAGUGGGUGAUGGGGGUACACCCGCUGCUGAGGGGUGGGUACCUGGGGUCGUGGUGGGGCAUGGGGGGGUUUCCCAUCAACGAUCAACACCGCGUGCGGUCAAGCGGAACAAUAAGAAAGGAAACUCAAGGUAGGAAAUAAUUGCCGUCGACGCUG